AUGAGUGCGCGAUCAAAACUCGGCGUCAAUUGUGAAAUCUAUUCGCGACCCAGCACUCCUCGCCAAAGACUAUCCCAGCUGUUCGACUUCUUAAGCUCCGUGAAGGCACAAAGACACAUAUAUUCUUCGGAAGAAAGCAAGACCAUGGGCAGCAUUAGGAUCGAAAAGGAAGUGAAUGGUCUGUCGACCGAGCGAGACUCGUACCAGAUCGAGGAGUACCCCUUGGGUGAGGCGAGGCCACUCAAAGUCAUUUGCAUUGGAGCAGGUGCCACAGGAUUGAACCUCAUCUAUCGAGCCCGAAGGCAUCUGAAGAACAUCGAUCUCACGGUGUACGAAAAGAAUCCUUCAAUAGGAGGCACGUGGUUCGAGAAUAUCUAUCCUGGUUGUGCCUGCGACAUUCCUUCCCAUAUUUAUCAAUUCUUGUGGGCACUGAACCCGGACUGGAGCUCUUUCUACGUCACCGGACCAGAAAUCUUCAAGUACUUUACUGAAGUGGUGGAGCGGUACCAGCUCGACCAAAACAUCAAGACACAGCACCUCGUCACGCGAGCAGAGUGGUGCGAAGAGGACGGUAUCUGGAACGUGACGGUCACCGACCAGACCACGGGACAAGAAAUCCAAGAUUCGUGUCAUUUUCUGGUCAAUGGAGCUGGAUUUUUGAACCAUUGGCAAUGGCCUGACAUUCCGGGCCUUCAGUCGUUCAAAGGAACCCUUCUCCAUUCGGCACACUGGGAUCAAAGUGUCCAAUUGUCGGGGAAACGGAUUGCAGUCGUGGGAAAUGGCUCUUCCGGCAUCCAGCUCGUGACAGCUUUGCAGCCGAUUGCGGAUCAUCUGACCAAUUUCAUACGAAACCCGACCUGGAUCUCCACGUCUUAUGCUCAAGCCUUUGCUGGUCCCAAUGGAGCCAACUUCUCUUAUUCCGAACAGCAAAGAGAGGAGUUCCGCAAGGACUCCUCAAAGUUCUUGCAGUAUCGGAAAGCCAUUGAGACAGACAUGAACAGCAACUUCGCAUUUUCUCUCAAAGACUCCCCCCAACAAGCGCUAGCCGUGGAGGGGAUCACGAAAAUGAUGAAGGCUCGCCUGGGUUCUCGCAGUGAAGAUCUUGCGGACAUACUUAUCCCUACUGAAUUCGGAUUUGGCUGCAGGCGACCAACCCCAGGAACGGGAUAUUUGGAAGCGCUCACGGCUCCGAACGUCACGGUUGAGUACGACUCGAUCGGGCAGGUGGUGGAGAAUGGAAUCAAGUUAAAGAAUGGCACGGUCCUGGAGUUCGACGCCAUCAUCUGUGCGACAGGUUUUGAGACGUCGUGGCGUCCACGCUUCCCCAUUAUCGGGCGCAACGGCAUGGAUCUGCGCAAGCAGUGGAAAGACCGUCCCAAGAGCUAUCUGUCGUGCACAGUGGCAAAUUUCCCCAACUACUUUGUUUUCCUCGGGCCCAACUCGCCGCUGAGCCACGGCUCCGCAUUGCCCAGUAUAGAGCACUUGACCAAGUAUCUCUUCCAGCUGAUCUACAAGGUCCAGACAGAGAAUUACAAGGCAGUCGAGCCUCUGGAAGAGGCAGUCGACGACUUUAUCGAGCACGCUGACAAGUUCAUGGAGCGGACCGUGUGGGGAGGGAACUGUCGUUCCUGGAUGAAGGGAGGGAAGAAAGACAGUCCUCCACUCACCCAUCCCGGCAGUCGGCUACACUGGUUCCAAAUGUUGCAUGAGCCGCGCUGGGAGGACUACAAGUGGACCCGACGCUCGCGCAACCGAUUUGCAUAUCUAGGGAACGGGUGGUGUACGAUGGAAGAGGAAGGCAAAGACAAGGCUUGGUACAUGGAUGAUCCGGACCAAGGUUUCGAGCGUCUUAUCUACUAG